CGGUAGAAGACAUAAAAGAGAAUUCGCGGCGAGAACUGACCUCAAUUCCGGAAACAGCGUUUAAAAAAUGUUUUGAUGAUUGGAUUAUUCGUUGGCGUAAGUGUAUCGUUUCUAAAGGAGCAUAUUUUGAAGGUGUUCGGGAUAACGGGCGAAAGUGUGUCACGAUGCUAAUAACUUUUGGGCCAAGGGCCCACCGACACGUGGCGAAAUGGUAACGUGCGACGAGAGUGCGGCGUGUGGCGGGUUCCGGCUGGGCGCGCGUGACGAUGAGGCGCGCCGCUCCCGCGCGCCUAGUGUGUCCUCCUUGUCUCUCUACAAGCAGAAGAUCGACGCUCUCUUCGACGACAGCCGCUCCGUCGCUAGCUUACCCCAGUAUGGCCCAAAUCUGACAGUGUCAGAGCUGGACAGAAGAGACAGUAAGGUCAGUUCAAGGCGUGAAAGUAAAGCGACAAUCUACGAAGAUGAUGAUGAUUAUUGUGAAAAUAAAAUUAAUACGGUCAACAACACGGUGCAGGAUCGUAUAGAAAGGAUGUUCGCAGAAAUGGCUGGAGAGUCCAGGCAGCCUACAGAAAAUAUUGGUGUUCACAUAUUCAGUGUUCAUUAUCUCGGCUCCACACCGCUGCAAAGCAAAGUCACCAGCUUGUCUGGACUCCAAACACCCCUAAGAGAUUUAUACUUUUCAUACAGAAAAAAUUUUCGACAUAAAAAUGCAUUGAAUGGAAGAUUAGAAAUAUCUAAAAGUGGUCUCAAAGUAAGAUAUAAAGGGGAAAAGGGAGAUUUGGAACAGCUAAAUCCUUUUCCUACAAUAGCUGUUUGGUCAGCCGUCAAAUUUGUGAUUCAAUCCUCAGACAACGACAGUCGCGAACUAAGUUAUGCAUUUCUACCUUUAAUAACCGAUCCAGAUAACAUCGAUAAACAUGCUUUAUUCAAAGAUUUGGACCCAUCUGAUAAGAAAUACAUCCUCUCCUACAACGAAAAUUUACAUUCCCCACUUUUCGCUGUCGUGAUGAGGAAGAUAGGCGUUGCUAAACAAUUAGAGUGUCAUGGGUUUGUAUGUCAAACGACGGAAGACGCUAUAGUUAUAGCGGCUACGCUAUACAAGUCCCUCAUGUCACAUAUGAGUCGGCAGGGCCAUUACGACAAAAAGAAACUGAAGAAUCGAAACGGAGUAAGCUGCAUGAGUGUAGCCAGCAGUCUAUCCCCGAACGACAUUCCUGUCAGACCACCUCGGAAGAAACGAAGUACGUCGUCUUUGAGUGGAGACAGCGACAGAGCAGAUGGAUUUUCUGCCAGCGAGUCAUUUAACGAAAAACACAGAUUGGAAAGGACUAAAAAGUAUUCGACGGAGAAUAUGCCUCGUCUUCCACCGCCUCCGUGUGUACCUCUCGUCGAAGCGAAACGAAUCACAGUUGAAGAAGUGAAAGCUAAAUUGGAUUCAAUAAAACAUAACGACACUAGCGGUAGCGACACGCAAGGAUCGAAAAAGUCGGCCGCAAAACAUUCUCUAAAUGCUCACAGUAGUAAAGUUCAAAAUGUACAAAAAUCUCAAAGCAGUACUGAAUCAUCAGUUCGUAGUAAGGUGUUAGAGAAAAUAGAGCUGUUCAGGGAAUUGGAAAGGCGGAAAAAUAUUCAAAGACCACCGACAUUACCACCGCCAGUACCCUCAAAGCCACCUUUAGAGUCACCAUCAGAACCAUCAAAAGAGCCUUUAAGGAGGAGUCAAAGCGGAAGGAAAUCGAUAAAUGAAUCUGGUGAUAUAUUAACUAAAGUAGCUAUUCCACGAUCUGGAAGCUUCCUCAACGCUGGAGGUUUGACCCGGUACAAGUCUAUCGGACACAGAAACAAUGGUAAAAAGGGUGGUGGGUCGCCGUUAGGCUUCAACGAACUUUUCAAUGAAUUCAAAGUUCAGGAGAACUUGCAUUCCAUGGAUGAGAUUCUGAACGCAAUAAUUGAUGCUGAAGGAAUGUCAUUUAAUGACUUGAAACCGAUUUACAAGGAAUUUCUUCUUAAGCUAGCGGUCACAUUAACAAAAGAUGAAAUAUUUCAACAUAGUAAAGCAAUAAUGAAAAAGCAAAAGAAAAAAAUAUUGCGCAGAAACAGUUUGUUCCAAAACAAGAGAAGAAAAAUGUUCAAAGGAGCCAGCGGGUUAAGAAUGGUUUUUAGGUUACCAUUUGGUAAAGAAAUCAGGAGAAAAGGGAAGGAAAACACUCCGUUAGGUUCAAUUGAUUUUCCAGUAGGCGAGGACCCCAAGGAACCGAUAUCUGAAAGUUCGGUAUCGACUUCAAGUUAUGACUUGAGGCAAUUCCGCCCAAAAGAACCGGCAUUGCCACCUCCUAAAAGACAAGCAAUGCGCCAACGUAAUUCUAAGCGUGCAGAAAAAAUGGUUCAAGUUUCGAAACGAAACGGGAAGGUCUCGAGGCCUGGAGAAAGGACUUCAACGUCCGAAGAUUCUGAUUUCCUGACUUUAAGCAAUCGCCUCGGGUGCCAGAAUAGAAAUAGUUCUAGCGGUUAUGUGUCCUGUUCUGAAUGUGAAUCAGAGAGUUGUAUAGACCGAUGUUACUGCUCCCUGAAAGAACAUAGCAAGAAUGCUAAAUGUUACUGUUCUACAGCUGAUGAUGACAAGCGAGACCCUGCUAAAGCUAAGCUGCUGGGUAGAAGCAAAAGCUGUAAGGAUUGCUUAAAGGAAAUCUACGACGGUGAUUUCAGCUACUGUUCAUGCGAUUCUGAGAGCUGUGCCGAUAGCAAUAAGUGCUAUUGUGCCGGGCCGCGAAGAACCACGAUGCAGUCCUCACAAAGCCUGGAGUACCUUCGAAGCCCAUCGCAAAAGACGUACUCAGAUAGACUGAAGAGGGCGUUCGAUGAUUGUGACGGGAGCAGAGGGAGAAACAGGUCAGGCAGUGUAACCUCUCGCAGGCGAGAGGAGCGAGCGCGGCGCGCGCGGAGCUCGGACAGCCUCGCGCUGGACUACGAGCUGCUGCUGCAGAACAGGGCGCGCGACACGCGCAGCCGCAACAUGCAGCGGCUCACAGUCCGCAGCACUGGCGCUGGGUCACAGGACGCUCUGAGCGUAAAGAAGUCCGCUGAAAUGGCGGCUCUAUUCGCGGACGUGCGCCUGUCCCAGAGGACGGACGUGCGCGCGCUGUGCGGCGGAGCGCGGGCCCGCGCGCGCCCGCCGCCGCUCCCCCCCGCGCCGCCCGCGCCGCCCGCGCGCCCCGCGCCCGCGCUCGCCCGCAUGUUCGACCACCGCCCGCUCAGCAGGAACGCGAGCCUAGAAGAUACUCUCGGGUAUUUACCCUAGAUUAGAACAAACGUAGAACAGUUGAAUGUCUUUGGAGGUGAACGCAGAUUUCGGCCAAUCCAGUGCUAGUCGACGAGGUAAUUUUAAAUUAAGGUCAAGUAAAAGGAGACUUUUUAUUGAAGUUUGCGGGUGUUUUUUUUACGUUUUUGUAGUUCUUCAUAUAAUAUUUUGAAUAAAUUAUUUGACUGAUGUGUGGUGAGGCCAAAUCUGAUUUCCCUUUAAUAUAAAUUGUGCUUACAUGCGUAUUUUUAUACUUUUACACAUGUUUCGGAACACGUAGUUUGGUUGUUCAAUCAAGGGUUUAAUCUUAACGGAGCAAAAUAAAUUUAACGCCGCCCAUUCAAACGAAAAUGGACCGGAGGAAAAUUGGGGCAAAUUGUUUUUCGAACGAAGCAAUGUUUAAUUGUUUUACCCUAUGGGGUUCAUGUUGUACCCAUUUAUACGGCAGUGACUAUUGUAGUAGUUAUAACUAAAUUGUACAUACACUAUGCAAUAAAUAAAUAUAAAAAUGGUUCGUUUAAACUAUUCCUUCAAUACGUGGUCAUACCAUGGGUCCUCUGUUUCUGCUAGAAAGACUUGAGAUUAACAAAAUUGGAGUAAAAUUCAAUAGUGCAAUCAUAACUGUGAAACCUAUUAUUAAAUUUACAAAACACUCGGUUUUUAUAAUACUGUUUGUAUAUUUAUCUUUAUAACUUUAUACAUCGUUAGUUUCGUGUAUUUCGUUAUAACCGUAUACCACCUUAUUAUCUGAAUAAGGAUUAUAAGUAUAUCGUUUGUUUAUAAGAACUAUGUAUGUAGUUAUUUAUUGAAUAACCAUUUUAUACAUAGGUGCAAUAUAUUGAGUCAUUUAAGAUAUUUGUAUUUUAUUUACUAUAAUUUUAGCGGUACUUACAUUAAGAAUGUGCUUGGGAAACUAUGAAAUGAU